UGAAGGAUACAGUGGUGAACAUCGGGUAGCCACUGGUUUUACCAACAUGAAAAGAAUCCAUCAGAAAUCUGGCCCCGAACCUACAUCUGUACCUCACAUAGAAGGUGAAUCCAGCUUUGUGUCCAUGACAAGUGACUGGUCUAUGAAUGACCCCAUUAACUUUAAACGACGAAAGCCCUCUGCUGUUAGAAAAGACGAACAGGACAGCUCAGAUGUUUCCAAUUCUCUGCCUGCCCAGCAACAUCAAACUGAAUUGAAUUCCAUAUUUAAGCUGCUGGAGGACAAAAUAAUAAUUUUUGUGAAAAAUGAGCUAAAGAAAGCACAGAAUGAACUGAAUCCAGAUUACACACAAUCAUCAGAGAGUCAGACAGAGGAUGAGGAGAUGUUGGACAGUGGGGAUAAGGAGCAGAGGAGAAGCAGUAGAGAGGCAUUUCUGAAGAUCACAGUUAACUUCUUGCAGAAAAUGAAACAGGAACAGCUGGCUGCCCGUCUGCUGAGCAAAUACCCUGGUCCAGAUUGUGAAUUAAAAUUUAAAUCGAGCCUGAAAAAGAAGUUCCAGUGUGUGUUUGAGGGGAUUGCUAAACCAGGAAACCCAGCCAUUCUGAAUCAGAUCUACACAGAUCUCUACAUCAUAGAGGGAGGAGCUGGGGACGUCAAUAAUGACCAUGAAGUCAGACAGAUUGAAACUUUUUCCAGAAAACCAGAAACAACAAUCAGAUGUGAAGACAUCUUUAAAUCCUCACCUGAGGAAAGAGAUAAACCGAUCAGAAUAGUGCUAACGAAGGGAGUGGCUGGCAUCGGGAAAACAUUCCUAACACAGAAGUACACUCUUGAUUGGGCUGAAGGUAAAAUCAACCAGGGCACCCAGUUCAUGUUUCCAUUCACAUUCAGAGAGCUGAAUCUCCUGAAGGAUAUAAAGUUCAGCUUAGUGGGACUUGUUCAUCACUUCUUUACUGAAACCAAAGAAGCAGGAAUCUGCAGCUUUGAAAAGUUCAAAGUUGUGUUUAUUUUCGAUGGUCUGGAUGAGUGUCGACUUCCUCUGAACUUCCAUGUCACUGACAACUUGACUGAUGUUACAGAGUCCACAUCAGUGGAUGUGCUGUUGACAAACCUUAUCAGGGGGAAUCUCCUUCCUUCUGCUCACAUCUGGAUAACCACACGACCUGCAGCAGCAAAUCAGAUACCUACUGAAUGUGUGGACAUGGUAACAGAGGUCAGAGGGUUCACUAACCCAAAGAAAGAAGAAUACUUCAGGAAGAAGUUCACAGAUGAGAAGCAAGCCAACAGCAUAAUCUCCCACAUCAUCACAUCAAGAAGCCUUCACAUCAUGUGUCACAUCCCAGUCUUCUGUUGGAUCACCGCCACAGUUCUGGAGAGUGUGUUAAAAACCAGAAAACCAGAACUGCCAAAGGCCCUUACUGAAAUGUACAUCCACUUCCUAGUUGUUCAGACCAAAGUGAAGAACAUUAAAUACGAUGGGAGAGUUGAGACAGAUCCUCUCUGGAGCCCAGAGAACAAAAAGAUGAUUGAAGCACUGGGGAAACUGGCUUUUGAGCAGCUGCAGAAGGGCAACCUGAUCUUCUAUGAAUCAGAACUGACAGAGUGUGGCAUUAAUGUCCAAAUGGCUUCAAUGUACUCAGGAGUGUUCACGCAGAUCUUUAAAGAAGAAAAGGGGCUCUAUCAAGAUAAGAUGUUCUGUUUUGUCCAUUUGAGCAUUCAAGAGUUUCUGGCAGCUCUUCAUUUCCAUCUGACAUUCACCAACUCUGGUAUCAACCUGCUGAAAGAAGAAGAAACAGCCUCAGUGCAGACUGACGAGUCUUCAGUAAGACAGUUCUAUCAGAGUGCUGUGGACAAGGCCUUACAGAGUCCAAAUGGACACUUGGACUUGUUUCUUCGCUUCCUCCUUGGUCUUUCACUGCAGACCAAUCAGACGCUCCUACAAGGCCUCCUGACACUGAAAAGAAGCAGCUCACAGACCAAUCAUGAAACAGUUCAGUACAUGAAAAAUAAACUGAAUGAGAAUCUCUCUCCUGAAAAAACCAUCAAUCUGUUCCACUGUCUGAAUGAACUGAAGGAUGACUCUCUAGUGAAGGAGAUCCAACGUCAUCUGAGUUCAGGUAGCCUGUCCAUAGUUGAUCUUUCUCCUGCUCAGUGGUCAGCUCUGGUCUUCGUCCUGCUGUCAUCAGAAGAAGAGUUGGAUGAGUUUGAUCUGAAGGAAUACUCAGCUUCAGAGGAGGCUUUUUUGAGGCUGCUGCCAGUGGUCAAAGCCUCCAAGAAAGUUCUGCUCAGUGGAUGUAACCUCACAAAGAAAAGCUGUGAAGCUCUAUCAUCAGUUCUCAGAUCCCAGUCCUCUAGACUGAGAGAGCUGGACAUGAGUAACAACAACAUUCAGGACUCAGGAGUGGAGUUGUUGUGUGCUGGCCUUGAAAGUCCAAACUGCACACUUCAAAUCCUCAGGCUUUCAGGCUGUCUGAUCACAGAGAAAGGCUGUGCUUUCCUCAAUUCAGCUCUGAGCUCUAACCCCUCCCAUCUGAGACAGCUGGACCUGAGCUACAAUCAUCUAGGAGACUCAGGAAUGAAGCUGCUGUUGACUUGACUGCAGGAUCCGCAGUGGAAACUGGAAACCCUCAGGAUGGAGCCUUGUGGAGUACAAUGGCUGAAACCAGGUUUAAGAAAAUAUUUCUGUGAACUAAACCUGGAUCCAAACACAAUACACAGAAAACUCAAACUGUCUGCCAACAACAGGAAGGUGGUGCAUGUAGAAGAGG